AUGAUUAUAUUAACUUUAUUAUUAGGCAUAUAUGCUCAAAACAAUUUAAAUGAAUUAUUGAAACAAUGGGAAAUUCAUAUUGAAUAAUCAUCAAUUGAAAGUUAAUAAACAUUCAAAGAAAUCAUAUACUAAUUUAAAGAUGAAAUCCCAAAAUAAUAUCAAUCUAGAUUUUUUAGAAUGUAUGGCCAAUACAUCUUUUAUGGAUUAGAAAAUGAAAAUUCUAUAGAUUUUGCUAGAGUAUGUCAUUAUAUAUAAUUUAGGCACUUUAUUAUUUUAAGAAAUCAUCUGAUCUUGGUGACAUUACUUCCUAAUUUUAUGUGUCUUUAUUUACAUAUUUACAUUUAGAUGGAUCAUAUAACAUAUAUAGCAAUCUAAAAACAGAAUCAAAAUUAUAUAGAUAUGUAAAGGAGAAAUAUUAAAGUGUCUCUUUAAUUGAUCUUUAUUUCUCUGCUAUUUAAGGAUUAGAUUAAAGUAGUAUUGCAAUGGGUUAUAGACAUUUAAAGGGAAUAGGAGUCAAUUAAAAUUGCUCAAAUUCAGCUUUAUUUUAUUUACCAGUUUUGGAAGAAUUUGCAAAUUCACCAAUUAAAGCAAAAUACAUAAGUGAUAAUAGAUAAGUAGCCAAAGCUUUGUAUGAUAGUAAUUUUUAUAUGAAUCAUGAAUUGGAUAUAUUUGGACAUGCUUAAAUAUUUGAAAAUUUGAAUAUAAUCACUUAUGAUUCAGCAACAGAAGUUAAGUAAUUAGCAUAUAGUUUUUAUUAUGGAUUAAAUGGACUCAGAAGAAAUUACUCAAAAGCAUAUUAAUUAUAUUAUAAAUUAUAUGAUUAAUUAAAUGAUAAAGAAUCUGGCAUCAAAGUAGCUUAGAUGAAUAUUGAAAAUUUAGGUGUAGAAAAACCAAAUUAUGAAUUGGCAUUAUAGAUUUUGAAUAAAAUUGAAACAAAAAACUAAGAUUAUUAAGGGAAAAUUUAUAAUGCUUUAGGUUAUAUCUAUUUUAAGGGAUUAGGAGUACAAUAAGAUAUAAUAAAAGCAUAAGAUUAUUUUAGAAGUAAAAUAUAAUUAUAUAUAAUCUUUUAGAGGCAGCAGACUUAUAAAAUAAUGAUGGAUAAUUUAAUUUAGGAUCAUUAUAUAUGUUACCUUCUACUAUAUAAAGGGAACGAAAUUAACCUAAAGGAGUAUAAUUGAUUGAAUAAGCAGCUGCAACUGGACAUGCAAUGGCUCAAUAUAGUUUAGCAUUAAUAUUACUUGAUGGAGUAGAUCUAUUUUAUUCUUGUGAUUUGGCUGCUUCUCUAUUACAUUCUUCAUCAUCAAGAGGUCCUUGGGCAGAUACACUUAAAAUAGCUAAUUACUUAUUUUAAUAAGAAUAAUAUGCAUAAUCAUUAUCCAAAUAUUUUGAAGCAGGAUAUACUGGAUUUAUUGUAGCAACAUGUAUAUAAUUUUUAAUAAUUAUUAGAAAAUGCUGCUGUUGUGAUGGAAUAGAGUGAUGCUUUUUAUUAUGAUACUCUACACUUUAGUGAUGUACAAAAUAGACUUAAUAAAGAUCCUGUUUAUCAAAUUACAGGAAAUACAAAUGAUGUUUUUGGUUAUUUGUAUUAGGAUUAUUUGUAAUUUGUAAAUUAAUCUACUCUGUAUGAUCUAUUACAAUUAGACAGUUUUAAAUUAAAAGGAGUAUUAUAAUAUCGAUUCCUUAAUUAAUGUGCUAAGGAGAAGGAAGCUAUUUGUCAUAUGAAAUUAGGUGAUUAUUAUUAUAAUGGAAAAUUUGAUGAUGUAGAUUUCAAAAAGUCUUUUCAACAUUAUAAAAAAGCAUUGGAAGGUUAAUUGAUUGAUGCCAUGAAAGCUCAUGUAUACUUUAAUUUAGGGUUGAUGUAUGCCUUAGGAUAAGGAGUUAAUAUAAAUAGAACUAAAUCAAUAGAAAUAUUUGAAUUAUCUAUAAAUAGUUAUUCACUAAUUCCAAUAUUACCAGUUAAUGCAUAAGUAUAAAUAAUUGAUUUUUGUGUUAAUGUUUAUAAAUAAAUAGAUUAAACUGGUAUUGAAAAGUUUUUGGAUGUUAAUUAUUUAGAAUUAGCAAUUAAAUUAAUUGAUAUAAUUGAAGAAUGUUUAAUAGAAAAUUCCUAAACAAUAGUAAAUGUGUCUGUAGUAUCAAUUAUAGUUAUUUUGUUUGGAUGGCGUUUGAAAAUAAUUAAUUAAUAAAAUUGA